AGGGCCUCUCACUUAGGAGCUUCUCCAUUCUAUCAGCUUUCCGGGAACAUCCAAAGAAAGACUGACGCGCAUAGCAGAAACGAAGAGUUGGGGACUUGCUGGCCAGUUACAUCCCAGAGGAUGAGGCUCUGAUGCUACGAGAUGGACGCUUUGCUUGCGCCAUUUGCCCUCAUCGACCUGUACUGGACACUCUGGCCAUGCUGACUGCCCACCGUUCAGGCAAGAAGCAUCUGUCUAGCCUACAGCUUUUCUAUGGCAAGAAGUCAGGGAAGGGAAAGGAGCAAAAUCCAAAACAGCAGAAUGACUUGAGGAGCAAAGAGACCAAAGCUGAGGCUCCUCUACUAACCCAGACUCGACUUAUCACCCAGAGUGCUCUGCACAGAGCUCCCCACUAUAGCAGUUGCUGCCGCCGGAAGCACAGAUCAGAAGCCACUGGUCCCUCUGUCUCCCAUUCCCCUUUGCCAGUCCCAGAGGUGGAGCUCCAAAGUGGGAAGAUCAGUAAGGAACCUGAGCCUGGGGCUGACCCACAGGCCAAGGAGUCAGCAACUGUCUCAGCUCCUGCACCCAUCAGCCCCACAAGAAAACGAGUCCUGGACCAUUACCUCACCCUUCGAAGCUCUGGAUGGAUUCCAGAUGGACAAGGUCGAUGGAUAAAAGAUGCAAAUGUUGAAUUUGACUCUGAUGAGGAAGAACCCCCUGAUUUCCCCGUGGACUGACAUCCUCUAUUCCCAUCGUUUCAAAAAUAAACUACAAUGGGCGCUGGGAGUCUAACCUUCCUCAAGUCACAUUCCUUGUCCAAUCUCAGGAUUUUAAACCUAUUCAUUCUCAGAGUGGACACUACUUCCCUACAAUGUGCACAGCUUCCCAUACUUCUAACCCCUCCCCCACCUUCUAUCAGUCUUGCCAAGCGUCAGCUGCAGGCAGCCUGAUGCCCUAUUAAUAAGUCUGUUAGGAAAAGGUCUUUGCCCUUUAUGUUGUCUGUCUUCUUCCCCACCUCCACUCAAAGUCCUUCUCUUUUCAAAUUACACAGAGAUGUGGCAGGGAUGGGGGGCGCUGGCCACAUGUUGAAACAGGACUGAUGCCAAGUACCAUGUGAAAGUUGAAAUGACUAAAGGCAAUGACAGAUUUAUGGGGAACACCA